AUGAGCUCCCGCGUAAGCAACUACAGACCUCCACCAACGACCAGCACAGUUCCAGUAGCGCCAAGUACCUCCAGAAACGUCGUCGAUCAAGUCCUGGCCUCGUUCCAGCCAUCGAUUCGCCAUGACUCUGAUCCAAAGAAGUUCGAUGAUUAUUACGAAAAAGGAAAGCUGAUCGGCUCUGGAGGGUUCGGGUCAGUUCACUCCGGCAAAUCCAAGCGCACCAGAGAGAAUAUUGCGAUCAAGUACAUUUUGAAGCAGCGCGUGCCCAAGUGGACCGAAAUUGUUGUUGGGGAUCAGCCGAAACGAGUCACGUUAGAGAUUCAGCUUCUCCGGCGAAUUGGCAAGCAUGAGAAUAUCAUCGCUCUUCGCGAGUGGUUUGAAAACUCAGUCGAGUUUAUCUUGAUCUUCGACCGCCCUGCUGCUCACAAAGAUCUGUUUGAUUUCAUAUCAGAUGCUGGGAAGUUAUCAGAAAGCGUUUCUCGAAAUUUCUUCCGUCAGAUUGUCAGUGCCAUCGAUUUCUGUCACAGACGCGGCGUAGCACAUCGCGACCUAAAGGACGAAAAUUUCGUUGUGGAUAUGGACACAAAGCGACUCUUCCUGAUCGAUUUUGGCUCCGGCGCGCUGCUCCACAACGGCCUCGAUACUGUUUACACGGAUUUCGAUGGGACACGGGUUUACUCUCCGCCUGAAUGGAUAAUGACGAAAAGAUAUACUGCCAAUGGCCUUGCUGUUUGGUCAUUAGGCAUUUUGCUUUACGAUAUGCUUUCAGGCGACAUACCCUGGGAUAAUGAUCAGGACAUUUGCACAGGCAAGCUUCUCCCAGAAGAUCAAAUAAAAUCGAAUAAUCCGACAAACCAAGUGCCGCUCUUCACAAAAUGGAGCGCAGAACUCAAGGACCUGCUCAUAAGAAUGCUUCAGCACGAUCAAAAACGCCGCAUAAAGAUGGAGCAGGUCCUUACUCACUCUUUUGUCAAAACGUCUACCCUUUCUUACUCGAGCCCGGCUAGAGUAACUCGCAGUAUGACGAGCAAAACUCGUCGGUGA